AUGGAGACACGUAAACCGGCGGGACUGCUGAGCGCCUGGCCGUACCACCUCCGCAGCGGCGCAGUGGGCACGCCGGGGGUCCUGCCCCGACCUCCUCUGCGUGAUGCCUUCAGGGUCUCCUUGCGUCUGGACUCCGCGAGCUGGGACCAGGCACCCGGGGCUUGCCCACGGAGGCGGCUGCACCCGCCCCUGCCGCGGGACGGCGCCUUCGAGUCCCCCUUCCUCCGCCAGCGCAACGAGAGGGAGCGGCAGCGGGUGCGCGGCGUGAACCAGGGGUACGCGCGCCUCCGAGACCACCUGCCCCCGGAGCUGGCGGGUAAGCGCCUCAGCAAAGUAGAGACGCUCCGUGCCGCCAUCGGCUACAUCAAGCACCUCCAGGAGCUGCUGGAGCGCCACGCCCAGGAGCAGGAGGGCCCCGAGCGCAGGGCCGAAUGCAACAGCGACGGCGAGUCCAAGGCCUCCCGGGCGCCUUCGCCCUGCAGCGAGCCCGAGGAGGGCGGCAGCUAG